UGGUGCUUCAUGCUUCCUGCUGAAUUGUUAAUAGAUAGUGACUUUAAACUCUGUUACUUUCACAUCUCAGAUACAGUAAAUACAGAGGUUGCAAUGUUAAUGCAAAGUAGGAAUGACUUUUAAUAACUAGAAUGGCCAUUGUUUGAUGCAAGUAGCAUUUUGUGGUUGUCUUGAACAUUUAGGCAACUCUCUGUGACGUAAUAUAUUUGUUACAGUAAAAAAAAAACAAUGCUGUGUUACAGUAUUAUAUGUAACUUUGAGGUUUAAUGUGUUCUAUUUGCCUAUUUUAAUCUUGUAUGUCAGUCCAGGUUAUGACUGAUUUUUCUGUUUCUGUGUUAAUAGAAACCUCCCCCACUCAACACGGUCUCAGUUUUUUUCUGUGCUAACAUGUGAAAGCACAGUUUGACAGAUGAGAAAAGGAAACGGACAUCGUUCCUCUUUCCACAGAGAUGGUUGGUGGUCGUUUUUGUUAUCAUAGCUACUUCGUUCACAGCAUUGUGCUGCUGCUCUGGGUCUGCCUCUACUAUGUGGAGGCUUCCAGUGGAAAACAUGUCAUUCAUAAAAACGUUGGCGAUACUGUGGAGCUUUCGUCAGGCUUACCAUAUGAAGGUGUGACUGCAGCAACAUGGAGAUAUGGAGGAAUAACAGUUGCAGACAAAGAUGUGGGUGUUUCUAAAAACUCUCCAUUUAAGGACAGAUCAGAGCUGAACCCUGAAGACUUUACUUUAACAGUGAGAAAACUGACUCUUCAAGAUUCUGGUGAUUUCAUUUUUGUCUCAGAGGUGAAUGACAAGCAAAGGCCUUCAAUCACCAUCACUCUGCAAGUUCAUGAGCCCAAAGUUAAACAGCCUGUCAUAAAAAUCAGUUCUACCUGGAUUUCCUCAAAUGAAUCAUGUAAAGUUCUGCUGGAGUGCAGCACAACUGGUGAUGUCAGCUACAAGUGGACUGUGGGAAAACAAACACUAACUGGUCCCAGGCAACAAUACAUCAUCAGGGAGCAGGAUGGAGAGACCAAUGUCACCUGCACAGUUUCCAAUCAUGUCAGUGAGAAGUCUGCAUUUCAAACUGUGAACUGCAGCAAAGAUCAUUCACACAGAAAAGAAACAGAGUACAGAUCCUCUUCUGUUGUCAUGUUCAUUGCUGGGCUGUUUACUGGAGUAUUGAUCACUGUACUGUUGCUCUUUCUGCUUUACUGCAUAAAGUCAAAGGGUCUACGUCCCAAAAGGCUCACACAGUCUGAAACAAUCAACCAGGAAGAAAAUCAACAUGUGUACUCGGCUCUUUCCCACGGUGAUCGUUGUGUUUAUGAGACAGUUAGAGGAUCUGAAGAUGCUGCACCAGGUGGAUCACAAAUACAGUGCAUCAAAUCAGACUAGACGAGCUGCAGUUCUGCAUGUCUGUGGUGCUUUUUGGGUGUCUUAUUUUAAAUGUAAUUAUUAUAUCAAAUCAUCCUAUUUAACCCCUUCAUGCAUGAAUUAUGACAACCUCAAUCAGGAUUUGUUUCUUAAGUAUUUUUAUCCAUCUUUAGGGAC